AUCAAGAGUACCGGACUGCUGGGUACGUACCUUUGCGUUACAGUUUGACAUACACGGGGAGGGUCCGCACCGAAGUAGCAGUUGAUGUUGCGUCCGUGAUCUUCCCGCGCGCAGAACAUCACAGUUGGCAACGCGAUAGACUAGAUGCUUUUGCCGUGUCUCUGUCUCUGCCUGCGGGCGGGAUGUAUUAUCCUCGCAGCUGCAGUCUGUUCUCUGUUUGUGACCGCUGAGCAGGUCAACAGGACAAUCGACGAUACAUGGGGGGACUCGGAGACCCACAUCGCGCCCGUGUACACUAGCGACUGGAAUGCCGGGCAGGGGUGCUCAGGUUGCGCCGUUCAGCCCAGUGCGAGCGAGGCAUACGAUGGUACAUGGCAUGACACAACUUCGAACAAUCCGAAUGCUACCUCGGGUCACUAUGCGACGAUACAGUUCACAGGGACUGCAAUUUGGGUGAACUGCAUUCUCGUCAACUCCGCUAACACGGGCGUCACCAUUUUCACCAAUGCUAGCUUUGAAUUGGACGGGACUAUAGCUGGUACCUAUACUCAUAUUCCGGAUUCCACUCCUGGUGCUCCAACGUACCUUUACAACACGACCGCAUUCAGCAAGACAGGUCUCAGCAAUACGUCGCAUACACUGGUGAUGACGGCGAUACAGGGGUCAGCGCCGUCUCUCCUGCUGUUCGACUAUGCCAUAUACACGUUUGAUAGCGGCGAGUCGAGCGCGUCGAGUAGCUCUGCGUCAGCGUCGUCCUCAAGCACCACAACAUCAACUCCGGGCACCCCAAGCAGUACGAGUGCUAUCGUAGAUGCGACGACCAACAGUUCGCCCGUUGGUGCGAUUGCCGGCGGCGUUGUCGGCGGGGUCGCCUUUAUAAUGAUCUGUAUCCUCCUAUUGAUAUAUUUCCGGAGACGACACAAUGCGCACAGAGUCGCCGAGAUGGAACAUGGGGUAACCCAGCCUCCUGCCUUCCCGCCUACACCUACUCCCAAUUAUGCCAGCUCACUGGGGCCUCCGCUGCGCGCUCAGCAUCCGGGUUUGCUCGCGGCAGUCACCAUGCCAAUCAACGAGACACCCCUCGCCUCUACCGGCUACACCAAUCCCUCAAACGAGAAGCUUCCAUGGAUCGUACCACCCUCAAACCACGAAGGCAUGAUGUGCGAGGCUGAGACCCUCAGGCAGCAGGUAGCAACCUUGCGUGCCGAGCGCCAACCAGUCGUCGGAGGCGCAGUGGCAACAAGCAGUCAGUCAGCACCUACGAGCACAACCACAGAAUCUACGCAUGCGUCGUCGAGAUCGACGGACAUCGAUGUGACGUUGAGGAGAGAGCUGGCGUCAUUGCGGGUGGAGAUGGCACGAUUGAAGGCGGAAACGGAGGGGACUGUGAGGGGCAGGGAUCCGCCUCCUGCGUAUGCAUAGUAAGUCGAUGGGAUCGUUCUUGGACUUCAUGAUGGUAUCCUGUCCCAUGUGUUCUCUGUAAACGGUGUACACAUACAAAGUAGUGUUAACAAAACGGCUGCAUCUCACGUCAUUAUGACUGAUUUCUGC